CCACGUUCUGCACACCAACCCAGACUUGACCCAAUUCUGAAGAAACGUUUGUCUUGACUCAUUGCAGCGUUGGAUGCGAGAGAAGUACGAAUGAACCUGGGAGCAAAACUUCGACGGACUCAGACAUUGGACUCUCCGGGACCCCUUUCUCCAGCAAGCUCAGGACCUCGCCGCGAGCUCGGCGCCAGCGUCAUACAUCACGAUGCGUAGGACAACACAUGCCACCAACACCACCACUGGCUCAGCCCUGGCAGCCGUCAUCAUGGCUUACACUGCCACUGCUGUCACCGCCGCUGCUGCUUCGGGCGCCAACACAGACUCUCUGAUCGCAGUCGGCGACGUCCAGAGCGUCUUCUUCCCCAGCCCCCCAAACGCCCAGCUCCGAAUCCAGAACCGUGUCAUCGGCUCCGUCAUCCGCCAGGACAGCGACGCGACAGAGUUCUUCAUCCGGUGCGACCCGUUCGCCGCACUUUCAGCAGCCGUGGGUGACACGGCGCCCGGCAUACUGCAAGACGGCGGCACGGAUAACAACAACGACGACGAGGACCAGCAGCAGCAUAUACCGCACCACCGCCGGCACGCCCACGCCCUCGCCCACUCACAUCAUCAUGAGCAGCGCGCCGCUGAACUCGACGGCGAGACCGGCGGGGAGGAGGAAUCGCAGCAGCAGCAGCAGCGGUUUGGUAGUCGGUGCCCGAUCCCCGGCCCAGGCGCGUAUGUGACCAUGCGGUCGCCUCAGGGGGUUUGGGAGUACUCGAUAGACGACGGGGCGCACUUCUCGCGGCACGAGAUCUGCUCGACCGUGUCACCCCCCGGUGCCGUUGAGUCCGCGGGGCCGGCGGCGGCGGCGGCGACGGCAGUGGUGGUGGAAUGCUCCUGGACAGAAGCGGGCAUCAGCGCGACCGCCUCCCCAGCCACGGGGUCUUCAACCACAACACUCAGCUCCUCACCACCACCAUCAUCAACCACAGCUAUAAUACCUGACGGAGCCACGCCAGCAGCAGCAGCAGCAGCAGCAGCAGCAGAAGUAGGAGGAGGACUUUUCGUCCCCGUCACCGUCACCGCCGUCCCGCUAGACCCAGCCGCCAUGGUCGAGCUCAAGCUCCGCGCCGCGACGACGACCACCAGCGGCGCGAACUGUCCCGCCGCCAGCACGACGAGUCCCCGGCCCGCGUCGUCAUCAUCAUCCACAUCGUCGCCGCCGCCCGGUGCGGGCAACGGAGGAGCAAGCACUACUCCGACAGGUACGCCCAAUGCCGCGGCGGCGCCCGUUGUUGGCGGAAGUGGAGGGAUGCUCGCGGCGGCGGCGGCGGCGGCGGCGAUAGGCCUGGGGAUUGCCGUCAUGUUUGGCGUCGUGGCGCUGUAAAAACGUGCGCGCCGCGUGCGCACAUCGUUGGAACUUUUGUCCUUGCAAGCGCUUUUUGUUCGUGUUGCUUGGUGAUGAUGGUAUUGCUUUUUGGACAGUGCUGCCAGCGGGGAGCUUGGGGCAUAUUUCCUCCUAGCGUUGCGCUUCAUGAACAUCUAGAUUUAUAGGUGUAGAACAAGAGCGUCAUAGAGACACACCAGCAUCUAUCUUUCAUCCAGAAUCAUGCAAUUUCGACACACAGCCACGCAUCCAUC